CUAAAGACAGUCUGCCCAGGUGCAUGAUGUCCGGAUGACUACUUAUUGUGCAUUCCGGCUACUGCACGAGGAAAGUGAACCGGCGAUCCAUUUCGAAAUUGAGUGACAGUGCUCCCAUUGCGAGCUCACGGCGACGAGUGAAUAGUCCACAUUUCGCUCAACUCAUUAUCGAUACUCUCUGUGAUGUCCGAGCAACCGGGAUUCCUUUCAGCCGCGCGAUACGGCAAGGACCUUGUCAAAGUCUGUCGUGUUGUCAGAGAGGAUGAGAAGCAUCAUGUGGUGGAGUAUGUCGUCAAAGUGAUGCUGGAAGGAGAUAUCGAGACUUCCUACACAAAGGCGGACAAUGCGAGCGUUGUAGCGACUGAUACGAUGAAGAAUACUGUGAAUGUCUUCGCCAAGACCUCUCGUCAUGUCCUCGACCCGACCCUCUUCGCCCUUCACCUCGCGCUGCAUUUCGUUACAAAGUACGCUCAUAUCCAUAAGGCAUUCAUCGACGUCACCUCCCUGCGAUGGAGUCGUAUAGAGGUCAAUGGUCAGCCUCAUAAAUGGUCCUUCGUCCGAGAUGGUGACGAGAAGCAGACUUCGGAAGUCGCUGUAGAUGCAACGGCAGGUAAAGACCAUCUCAAAGCGAGUGUCAAAGCCGGUUUGAAGGAUCUCCUAGUGCUCAAGACGGGUGGUUCGGCAUUCGAAAAGUUUCACAGAGACGAAUUCACGACUUUGGCCGAGGUUAAAGAUAGACUAUUCUCAACAAUGGUCGCCCUAUCAUACACUGUUGACUUGCCGCCGAAUGUCUCCCUGAGUAUCGACAACCUCCCUGAGAUAGGCAAAGAUAUUGGUUUUACCAAGAUUGCCCAACUUGUUCGACAGAACACCCUGGAGGUCUUCGCGGAGGACGAGAGUGCGAGCGUCCAGGCGACAAUGUAUAAUACCGCUCAGAAGGUAUUGUCCUCCUGUCCUGCCAUCUCGGAGAUCUCUUACAGCUAUCCGAACAAACACUACAUUCCGGUAAACCUCUCAGCUUUUGGAUUGGAGAAUGGAUUGGGCUAUGAAGGUGGCGCAGAGGUGUUCCAUCCCACCGCUGAUCCAUCUGGAUUGAUCACUGCGACCGUCUCGAGGCAUCGAUGAUGAUGAUGGCGGGUGGUGGGAAAAGUGCCACAGUCCCUCCAUUUUGCAAUGCGAAUGCCCAUUUUUCCUAAUCUUGACUAAUGAAAAGGUAAUUGAUUUACGGCAUAUUUACGAUUUAAUAUUCAAAUUUGGGCUUUUCACCGUCGCGCGUCUCCUCUUGACUCCCUCCCCACGUUUUUGUUGUAUGGUGUGUUUCUUUUUUCGUUUGCCAUCUACAUCAUCCCAUCCCAUCCCAUCCAUUCUUCUCCGUUCAUCCCAGCAGGAUAGCUUGCACCACCACUGUUGGUCAACCGGCUGGAUCUGCCAGCUUGUCCAUCCACGACUGGGACAGUCCCACACCUCUCGUCUUGUCUGCACAGCUCGAAGGUCUCUGUCGGUU